UAUAUAGUACGGCAGUGAUCCAGCGGACGCGAGCGAGCGAGAGAGCGAGCCGAGGCAGAGGCACAAAAAGCGGAGCGUCGUUGGCUUGUUAUAUAUACCGCUGGCCGUGCUGUGCGUGCACUCGCUGCAGCAGCCUGUGCCCCGGCGUCAUCCGACAAACUGCUCUUCGCGGCCUGCAUAUACGACAUCCUAUCCUAUAAGCGCUCGGCUACUUUUCAACAACAAAUAAGAAAACGACAGUGAAUCGGUGUUUUUUCCUGCUCAGCUGGACUGGCAGAGUCAACGGGCCAGUCAGUAACUUAGUCAUCGCUAACAGCGAAUUAUAGUCGACGUUGCAGAGAGACACCAGCAAAACGAGCACGCGCCAUACAACUCCAGCUAUCUCUCUAUAUCAGUAUCUCUCUCUCUCUACAUUUGUGUGUAUAUAUACACACACGCGCGCACACAUACACACACACACGUAGCCUGGCGUAUAUAUACAUGUAUAGUGUACACACGAGUGAUAUAUAGGUGUAUACAUAUAGAUAUACUUGGCUGAGUGAGUACACACAGGUUACAGUCGUGCAGGCAGCAGCAGCAGCAGCAGUAGUAGCAGCAGCAGCAGUAGCAGCAAUAGCAGGGACCAGUGAUCCCGAAACGUGAGGCGCUCGUCGUGUAUAUAGUUACUUGGUGAUGUGCCGUGGCUGGUGUGCGUGCGAAUCGGUGUUUUUUAUUAGUCAUUAGUGCGUGUGCGCCGCGCGCGCGUGUGCAUAUAUUUUUCGCGUGUGGCCAACCAAGUGUCGGUGACUGCUCCAGUCUCGAUUCCACGGCUGUGCUGUAAGCUGCUAUAUAUACUAGAGAUAUACUGCUGCGUCGUCGUCGUCGUCGUCGUCGUCGUCGUGCAGACGGUCCGUCGUACUUAGUGCCGUGUGUGCGGUUAAUGCAGCCGCUGCUCUACGUGCAGUCCCUGUCGCCCCGCGAAGCUGGCGAUUGUUAUUGUUACUUGUGUUGAUAUACAUACAUCUCCCAGUGUUUUGCUGCUGCAGCAACAUAACGCGACGCUACGGUAAAAGGACCGUCUCGUCAUCAUCAUGGCGAACCCGCGUAAAUUCAGCGAAAAAAUCGCCCUGCUCAAUCAGAAGCAGGCGGAAGAGACGGCCAGGUUCGAGGCCAUCAUGCGAGAGGUCUCCGACGUUACGAGCCGGACGGCGUUGAGCAAUCUGGAAGAAAUGCAACAAAAUCAGGGAGGCUACCGGAACCAACAGCAGCAGCAGCAGCAGCCGCAACAAAUUCAGGUUGGGCAAGUACAAGCGCAACAGCAAAAUCAGCAACAACCCGAACGAGGCCGCAGCAUGGGUGUCGGUCCUAUGAGGAAGCCCGUCGAACGCCGUCACGACACAUCGCCCUACAGCGGAGUGCCGUACCUGUCGCCGCCGCUGCCGGAGAACUGGAGACGCACUAUAUCAGACUCGGCGCUGCAUCAGAGCGCUAACGAAGCCUGCCUCCAAAACACCACCGGCAUCCAACAUCGUAGAGGUAGCGAUACCUAUCAACGUACACACGGAGGCUCGACCAGUGAUAAUCGAGAGUCUCAUCACACUUUUAUUGAAAGACCCCGAUCAUCGUGCGAUAUGCCAAGAGUUCCCGGUAUCAACGUUUAUCCCAGUUCUCAGCCGCCAGGGCAGCAAAUUCCCAUUGGCAAUAAUACGGGCUCGUUACCGGACCUGAGCAACAUGCACUUUGCCGCGCCACUACACACACCUCUCGAUCAAGAGGAUCACUCCAGUGGCUCGCAAUACAGCAACAGUCCUCAAACCGGCAGCCCCACGACUCUGUCGCCGACGAGCUUGGCCCAAGCCAAGCAAAGGCUAUCUUUAACGCAGGAACACAGCUCGUCAAGCGCCCAACAGGGUUUAACGAUGGAUGGUAACCAAAGUAACACACAGUUACACACACAGUCCCAAGCACAGAGUAUACCUGGUUCGACGUCGCCUGGAAUGCAGCAACAAAUGGCUCACAGUCCUGGUCAUUACGUCUACCAGCAGCCGUGUAGUCCCAUUCAAGCUGGGAGUCCAAAUCCAACGCAAACGCAAAUGAUUCAACAAAACAUGCAACAGACCACUCAACAGUUUAAUACGCUCACUUAUAGAACGUCGCAAUCAAUCAAUCGGCCUUCUCCGCAAUCGUCGCCUAGUCUCACUUUUCAGGGAAGUCCAUUGAGUUACAGCAACAAUCCCUCGGCACCUUCGAGUCCCACGAGUCAUCAAGGGCCGCCCACGCUUUCACUCGACCCAAGUGAGCAGAAUCUCUACAGUCAAGUCCACGCUGAUUUCGAACAUUUCAGCAUGGGCGCGAUGAUGGACUCACCAUCCACUACAAUAGCUCCUUAUAUGAAUUCACCUAGCCACUCUGGCACUUAUACUACUCAGAGCGAUAUCUUAAGUGUGGCAAGUGAGCUCGGCAGUGGUGAUGGUGGCUAUUUUAGUGCAAGUCCUCUUCAGCAGUUGGCAUAUAAUACAAGAACACCUACAACAACACAACAACUAACACCUCAAACUCCUAAUACACCAACAAUUACACUCACAGAUUGUUCUUUGGGUUCAGACGAUCUGGUUAAUGCAGACUUUACAAAAGACUUUGUUCCAACUAUGGCAUCUUUUGGUCAGGAUCUUUUUGGCCCUGAUGAUCAACUAGCUCAAGAUCUGAACUCGUUACACCAUGAAGAUCUCACUGCCCUUAGAUCAGGUUUAGAUCCAAUUGAUUUAGAAGACCUGCAUAGGCUUACAAAUCCUGAAAUGGUAAUGUCAGAUCCAACGACAGAAGCUGACUUUCGAUUAGAACAGCACUAAUUGCUAUCUAUCAAGUAUCAAUGAUGAGUAAUCAUUUUUACUCUAAAAAUACCUACCAUUUACAAGUAUGUAGAUAUUUCUGCUCGCAUGUAGAUAUUUCCAUUCUGUCUGUAUCUAUAUAAGACAAGCGCAUAGCUCGUUUUGUCUUUUUUCUCUCUUCUUCUAUUUUAUCCUCUCAAACUUACGUGUAUACAAAUGACUGUCGCUUAAUUUUAUAUUUUUAAAAUUUUAAAUAUAUAUCUACUGCUGGACAUGCCGUGCUACAAUUAGAGGUGAAAAUAUUGUAUAAAUUGACAAUGAUGAACUUAAUUAAAGUCUCCAAACGAAGCACUUAGUGGUAAUAUGUAAUAAUUAUGCAGUAAGUGUGAAGGUGACAAAUUUUAUUACUCAAUUUUUUUAUUUUAUACUACUUUAUACAUUGUAAUAAGUUAUUUCAAUAUAUAAUGAUAAAAGGUACCUACAAAUACAUGUUUUAAAUGAAUUAGACGUGAAGAUAUACAUAGUCAUUACUUAUAAAUAUUACUAUUUCGAUGAUUAAUAUUAUGAAAUGAUCUCUGAAAAGCACAAAAUAAAUCAUUUAUCAGUUAUUUGUAAAAAAAACGGUUAAAGAAAAAUUUUAAAGAAUUUUGUCAGAAUAGCUAUUUUAGAAUCUAAUAUUAAUUACAAUAUUAAUAAAAAUGACUACAACUGUGAAACAGAAUUUAAUAAACUGAAAAAAAAUUUGAGCCAAAUAUACCAAAUUCCAAAUUUUAACAAAUUUGAUUGAAAAUUAAAAGUAUAAAUAGCAUUUUGAAUUGGAAAUGAUAUUAAGUUCUAAGAACGAUUUUUAUUUGAUUAGAUACCUCAGUUUUGAAAAUAUCGACUCCGUCAUUGUUUCAAAGGUGGAUCAUUUUUUACAUUAAAUACAGAUUCGCCGAAAUGAUCUCCUUUUUUUGAUGUUGGUCUUCAUUUUAAUUUGAUACAUUUAUUUCUUAAAUUAAUGUUCAUCUCUGGAACAUCAAUGUUCUAAUUUUAUAUCCUUGAAUAUAUAAUUGAAUAAUUUCAACAUUCUUUUACUUAAAAAUAUUUUGAUUAAAUUUUUUUGUCUCAUUUAACGGAAGCUCGUGAAAAAGCACACGCACACUUUGGCCACAAAAAUGAAGAAAAUAAAAGUUAACUUGGUAUGAGAAUAAGCAUGAAACAUUACGCUAACUAAUGAAAUGUAAUAUAUUAAAAAAAAAGGAUAAACAAGCAGUAUAUGUUCCCUUGUGCUCGCAUGGCCUCCAUGGUUGUCAAUUGUUUUUUGAAAGUAAUUUUAAUAAUAAUAAAAAUGUUGAUACAUAUUGUAACUGAAAAUACCCUUCUAGGCUCAAUCGAUCAUACGAAAAUAAUUGUGUAUAGAAACAAUAAUAUUUAAGAAACGUAUUUUAUAAGCGAAUUCGCAAUCGUCAUGAUCAUAAUUAAUAAUGCAUAUUGCUACAUUUUAAAAUUGGAUUAAAGAAACAUUCGUAUGUUGUACAUAACUCAUAUUAAACAAUUCGUAUUACAUAUUAUGCAUUGUUAUCGAUUAUGCCAUGUAAUACAUGUAUUAUGCAUUGUGUAUUCCUUGCAUGAGUCUUCAUAAAAAAUUGCUCUGUUAAAUUGUUCUGUCAUUGAGAAAUUGUGAAAAUGGCCAAAAAAGGUCUCAGAUGCAUAAAAGUUGACGUAAUAAUGAUUGAUGUCUUACCGACUUUUUAGAAUUAUAUAUAUUGUUAAUAAGAAUUUGAAAAUCUGGUGUCAUCAGUGCGAUUUGAAAAUUUUAUGUAAAUGUUGAAAAGAAACGAUAUAUCCACUAGUUGCAUUAAAUUUUGCAAUCGGUGAAAAAUAUUUGUAUUUUAUCUUAUUUUAUCUUACUGCAAUUUUUGGGUAAAUCUCAUCGGUAAAAAUUUUCACUCUUAAGCAAGCCGUUUAUCCAGUGUUCAUAAAUAUUGACGAUCGCUAAAAGUAAAGUAAUCGACUAUGCAAUGUAAAUGUGAACUAUUAAAAUAAUUGAGUAGUUUUGAAAAAACGGCACGAUGGACCAAAAAUACGAAAUACGUGCAUAAUUUGUACUAUGAAAAACUUCGUGAAUAAGUUAAAUUUUUUGUAUUUGUUGAAUUUAAAUCGAAAAAAAUCAUUUUAAAUUAGAUAAAUAAUCGUUGAUACGUAAGAUGUAUUUGUUAGUUGUUAACGAAGAGAAGAAAUAUUGUUAUAUUUUAGUGUGAAAAGUAAAGUUAUUAAUGUGAUCUGAUCAAAAGAGAAUUCAUAUAUUAUAAAAGAGCGAUCAACAGAGCGCAGCAAGUAUGUGCCAAAUCGCAAAACCGUCGAUUAUUAAUGAAACAAAAGAAAAAGAAACAUUUGUUUAUCAUUUAUAAAUAGAUAGGCAGUGUAUUUCGAAUACCUACCAUAAUAAUUAUUAUGAUACUUAAAUCGAUGAAACAUUAAAACAAGACGCUAAGGGUGAAAUGAAAACAUAAACUAUAUUAAAUACACUAAACAAUUUUGAAUAUUUAAAAUAUUAUUUAUACUAUAUAAGAAUUUGAAUAUGGCCGUCUCAUUCAGUAAUGUGCAAUCGUUUAGUACAUAUAUCGUUUCAAUUUAAAAGGUAAUGUGGAAUAUAGUGACAGUAGAGUCAAUUUACUCCAGUAACUUUGACUGAGUCGCAGUGCCCAGAUUAAAUAGAUACACAAAGCAAAAACAAAAAUUGAAACUUAUAGAAAAUGAAUUAAAGAAGAAUAAAUCUAAUUAGUCCUACAAUUAAUAAUGAUGUGAAGGCAGAAAAACUAAAAUUAUGAAUUACAUAAAAUUAGUAACUUUUUUCUAUUGUCUAGUACUUAAACAAUAGUCAUAAAUAAGAAUAUACAUAUAAAUCAUUAUAUCUAAUUGUAUCAUACAAUUAGAGACAUGCUCGCACAUAUGCAUGCACGCCAUAGCACAUCGUUACAUGGUUACAUCUCAAUAACUUCUGUUUUCUCAUAAAAAGAUUAAGAUUAUUGGUUAUAAUUAUUGAACAUGUAUAGAUAUAAAUUUAAUGCUGUGGCUCUUGUAGCCAAAGUUGUUACAUUUUAUCAUUCUAUUAUUAAAUUAUAGUAUAUAUCCAAAUUUAUAUACUGAAUACGACCAGUUUCAUUUUCAUGAAUGACUCUUCUACGUAUUUAUGUUCAAGUAUCCAAUGUGACAAGCUUUUUUAAAUGAACUGUAUGAAAGUUUUAAGUUUUUAGAUUAAUUUUAUGGACUUUUAUUAUCUGAUACGAUAUCAUCUCUUCUCUACCUGAUAAUUACAAUUAUAAUUAUGAUAAUUAUUAUUACUAUUAUUAAGUGGGUGUGAGCGAGAGAAAAAGAUUGAAGUGAUAUGACAACAUGAUGGUUUUUGUAAAUGAAUGUGUGUGCGAUAAAGAAAAAAUAACAACAUUUUACAUUAA